AUGCCUUCUCUUCGAACAAUCGUCCUCGCCACUGCGGCUUCAGCUGUCACUCUUGUCAAUGCCGACUAUGUGAUCGACCCUGAGAGUGUGCCUCUGUCCCUACGCAAGGUUUGGUGCCAGAACGAAAUAGAGACAUGUCCCAUGAUCUGUGGUCAAACUAGUAAGGGAGAUACCAAGGUCAACGAAUGCAAUCCUAAAACCCUCACUUAUGGCUGCAUCUGCGGUGAUGGAAAGCAACCUAACGUGUCCGAAUACUCCCUCACCCUCCCCUUCUACGUCUGCCAGGAAUGGGGUAACCAGUGUGUUACGGAUUGUGCCGGCAGUGCCUCUUGUGCUUCUGACUGCCGAGAGAACAACCCAUGUGGUGCUGAAGACCCCAAGAAAUACAACACAACUUCCACAGCUACAGGCACUGGUGCUGUUAAGGCCACAGCUAGUGCUACUGACGACGCCAACACGGUUUACACCGACACACCCGGAAGUGAAAACAACGACGACGAUUCUGACUCCGCAGAGACAACUAAGAGCAAUGGCGCUGCUGUCAUCGAGGUUGGCCGAACAUGGGGGCUGACAAUUGUCCUAAGCACCAUGUUCGCCGGCUUUGCCAUGCUAUGA